UUUUGUCAGCAACUCAUCAAAGCAACCCAGAUUUCAUGCGCAUGCAUUGUCUUGGCACUCUACUAUGUCAACCGACUCAGGGAAGCAUAUCCAUUUGUCCAGGGCUCAAUUGGAUCAGAAGUUCGACUAUUCACUACAGCACUAGUACUGGCCAACAAAUAUCUUGAUGACAAUACAUUCACAAACAAGACUUGGGCAGAUGUAUCACACAUUCCAGUCCAUGAACUCAAUAUAAUGGAAGUCGAAUUCUUGUCGGCCCUCAACUAUCGAAUCCAUGUCCCUCAUCAACAAUUCUUCUCCUGGGCA